UGUUCGCCAUGGAGAACGCGACUAGCGACCUGGUCAAACCGAAGCUGGUGCUCCUGCUGCUGCUCCUCGCGGGAAGUGGGCGGGGCCACCUGCUGCCGGGCCAGCCGAGCAUCGACCUGCGCAUCCAGUCGCGGGAGCAGCUCAUCUCGCAGAACAACGACACCGUCUACGUGCAGCGCCUGAUGCGGCUGUCCAAGUCCGCCGAGAUGCGCAGCUUCAUGCGCCCGGAGGCGGAGCCCUGCGAGAACUUCUACGAGUUCAGCUGCGGCAGCUGGCCGCAGAUCAACCCGGCCAACGAGGCCCAUCCGCGGGAGACGGACGUGGAGCAGCUGCUGGUGCAGGCCUACCGCCACAAGCAGCAGCGCCUGAUGGAGCAGCCGGCGGACGAGGAGCGGGACGAGCCGCCCGUCCUCCUGCUGAAGCAGUUCUACGCCAGCUGCCUGCUCUUUCGGCAGAGCCCCGAGGAGCUCUACCGCCGCCAGCUGCAGGAGAUCGUGGCGGAGUUCGGCCGGAUGCCCGUGCUGAAUCUCCCGGGGCAGGAGUGGCCCUCGGACUGGUUCGACUGGCUGGACACAGUGGCCAGCAUCAGGCGGAGGUUCGGCCUCGACAUCCUGCUACUCUUCCAGGAGCACGCGGACCGCAUCUACGUGGGCCAGCCCAGGCAGAUCCUCCCGGAGGCCGACAGACACGCGGUGACCGACGACAUAGCCUCCAAGCUGGAGCUCCACCUGGGAGUGGAUCCCCAGCUGGCCAGGGAGGCCGCCAGGGAGAUCACGGACUUCGAGCAGCGCUUGGCCAGCAUCAUGGUGGAGCGUCGCGUUGGAGUUCUGUCCAAGUUGCACGCCCUCAACGAAUCGGAGGAGUACGAUUUCAACACUUUGAAUCUGACGCAGUACGUGGAAACUGUUCUCGAUAGGAAGUUGGAACCCAACGAGUCCCUGUACGAGCACGUACCCAGUUACCUGGUCAAACUGGCCGACUUGGUGGCGGUAACCCCCGAGAAGGUGCUGGCCAACUACAUCUUCAACGAGCUGCUGCAGCGCUUCUACUACGACAGAUCCGAGAGGUCCUUUGUGGGUCAGUGUGCGGACCGAGUGAGGGAGCUCUUCCCCGAGCUGCUCGAAAACAUGGUCUUCCGGCAGUACGGGGACGAAGCCACCCUCAGCGACGUCCACUCCCUCUGGCAGCAGAUCCAGCUGAGCUUCCGGGGCCUCCUGGAGAACUCCUCCGCCGACUGGCUGGUUGUGGAGACGCGGGAACAGCUGCUGGCGCAGAUCAACUCCACCAGUCUGGAGAUCGUCGGCUACCAGGAGGUGAACUUCACGGAGCGGUACGCGGAUCUGCAGCUGAGGCCCCGCGAGUACCUGCACAACCUGAAGGCCAUCCUGAGCCACCGGGUACCGAGUUCGGAGACGAGAGAAUGGACCCUGACCGCACCCUCGUACGAUUUUGCGGGGAGGAGGGUCCUGCUGCCGGUGGCCAUGCUGCAGCCAAACUUCCUGUGGUCCCGCUCCUACCCGAAGGCCGUGCGCUUCGGCAGCCUGGGCACCCUGCUGGCCCAGCAGCUGGCCCACAGCCUGGAGGACGCCUCCAAGUGGGACGCCAGCUCCUUUGCGGAGUACGCGAAGCGGAAGGCCUGCUUCAAGGAGCAGUACGCCCGCCUGCGGCUCCACGGACAGUACUUGCCGGCGAGUGACCUGCAGGCGGACAACAUCGCCGAUAACCUGGCCGUCCAGGUGGCCUACCACGCCUACCGCCGCUUCCUCGGGGAGCUGGCCCCCGCGCUCCUCGGCUCCGAGUCGCUGCCCCAGCUGAACCUCAGCUCCCGCCGGCUGUUCUUCCUCAGCUUUGCCCAGCUGUGGUGCUCCGACGCCAACGAGCAGUUCCGGGAGAAGCAGUCGCUGCUCCUGCUGCGCACCCCCAGUGCCCUCCGCGUCCUGGGCGCCCUCUCCAACUUCGGGGCCUUCUCAAGGGACUUUAGCUGCAACGGCGGCAGCAAGAUGGCUGCUCCCCAGAAGUGCCAGCUGUUCGCCGUGGGCCUGGAUUAGCUAUUACCUUAACUUGAAUACCUAUCACCCUAAGUUGAAUAUUACAGACGUAUGUGCUCUUAGAGGAACACUUGCAGAUCGAAUGGAAUUGCGUGUUAACUCUCUGAACAUAAGCAUAAAUAAAUACUCAACUGUAUAAUUGAA